UUCAGUCGGUUGCGGACAUUUCAGUAGCCACCUGCUCCUCUUUCCUCCUCUAAAUUAUUAUUUUUUUUAAAGCAGCGAGUUGUCAGACUUUCUUCCGAUGACUGUUACUCAAGAACGACCGAUCACUUACGCCAGAAUGAAGGGGAUAGUAUCGUUUCUUUCAGCUCUGCUCAAGGGCAAAAAAGUUGGCUUCAGUCACCUCCUACAUAAAGUUAUCUCUGGCCAGCAGCACCUGGACACACAGAAACUUUUACGGAGACGAAGCAAGCUAAGAAAACAGGAGGAGGAGGAGAACGCUGCCUGGAGCUCAGCAGACACAGAAGCCUCACAGAUGAAACCAUCAGAUUUUGAAUAUCUCAAAGUUAUUGGCAGAGGAAGCUUUGGAAAGGUGCUGCUGGCAAGACACAGAAAACAAGGAGGCUACUAUGCAGUUAAAGUUCUACAGAAGCAGACGAUCAUCAAGAGGAGAGAGCAAAGGCAUGUGAUGGUUGAAAGGAGUGUGCUCCUGAAGGGACUACAACAUCCAUUCCUGGUUGGACUCCAUUUUUCAUUCCAGACACCAAACACCCUCUACUUUGUCCUAGACUAUGUUAAUGGAGGAGAGCUGUUCUACCAUCUACAGAGAGAUGGGUCAUUUCCAGAACACAGAGCUGCUUUCUACGCUGCAGAAAUGGCCGCAGCGUUGGGCUACCUUCACUCUCUGAACAUCGUUUACAGAGACCUCAAACCAGAAAACAUCCUGCUGGACAGCGACGGUCACGUGAUGUUAACAGACUUUGGGCUUUGUAAAGAAAGUGUAGCCGCUGGUGGGAUCAUGUACACCAUCUGUGGGACUCCGGAGUAUCUCGCCCCUGAGGUUCUUCAAGGCCACCCGUAUAGCUCAGCCGUGGACUGGUGGGGACUCGGCGUUGUGCUUUUUGAGAUGCUCUGCGGGCUGCCUCCGUUUUUCAGCGAGGUCAAAGCAGAGAUGUUUGAGAACAUCCUCCGUGCCCCUCUGCAGCUGCCCAGCGGGCUCUCUGAAAGUGCACAGUUACUUUUACGGGGACUGCUGGAAAGAGACGUCUCCAAACGCCUCGGGCACAGCCGUGGUAUUGAAGAGGUGCAGGAGCAUCCCUUCUUUGCCUUCCUCAACUGGGACGACCUCGUAACCAGAAAGAUUAGACCCCCAUUCAUCCCAAAUGUGACUGGUCCUUGUGACGUCAGCUACAUCGAUCCCGAGUUCACACGUCAUCCGGUUCCUGCCUUCGUGAAUGAGAGAAGAGAGGCGGCCGCGGCCAGCGAGGCCUUUCUUGGAUUUUCUUACAUGAAGCCAGCAGAGUAUGUUGCAGCAGAGCCAGUUUCAUAACAAAC